ACCCACCCUCCCUCUUGUUCCCUUCAUCCAGCUGUAGUGAAAUGGUCUGACAGAGAUAGGGAGAGAGGAAAAAGACAGUUUUGUACCCUCCACCCGUGACUUGUUAGAGAGCUUACUCACUGGGUACUGGUGAAUAGCUUUAGCUUAGAAAGGUUGGAUUGCUCAGGAUCCUCUGCGUGGCUAAAGACCAAUAAUAAGCUCUAUGCGAUCACGGUUGUAAACAUUUUCUCUCUCACUCAGUGCUAAGCCGACAAAGUAAAACCGAAAGCUCCCACGUUUUUAGAUGAAAAGCAUGCAGAAGAAAAAAUUAAUACAUCAAAAUAGCACAGUAACAAGAGACGAUGAUCAUCGUCUCAAGUACAUUAAUGAUUCAGCGCCGUCUCACAACAACAAGAACGCCAUCAAUCAUGUGACGUAUUGCCAGGGGGAAACUUGAUGCUUUGCCAGUAGCACCCACGACGUCUCGGGUAUAAAACUUCCUGUGUGAGUUUCACACAGUCGUAACGAGUUGCGUUUUUAAAACAAUGAAAUACGCAGUGGUUAUUCUUGCCUUUUUCGCUGUUCAAGGCAUUCGAUGUCAGAACUGCACUCGUACAAAUCGCCAGCCCAAAGUUUGCUCGAAACCCUGUGAUCCCGCUCAGGAUGACUGCAAAGGUAACAGAGACUGUGUGUGUGAUGGGGAUUGCGGCUACAGUUGCGUCAAACGAGAUCUACAUUGCCCAAGACUAACUAUAGACAACGGGCGGGUCCGUUACAAAAACGACACGCUUGGCUCGGUUGCAAGAUAUCGGUGCACCUCUCCAUAUAUAGCUUUUGGCUCCAAGAAGAGAACUUGCAGAGGAAACGGUCAAUGGGAUGGGGAAAAGCCAACCUGCAAGCUGAUCUGUACAGACCCAGGCAACAUCCAACACGGAAAAAAAUCUCACGAUGGCUUCGAAUCUGGAAAAAAGGUAAAAUACAGUUGCUUCCCAGGUUUCACAAUGGAAGGGAGCAACACCUUAACAUGCACAAGAACCGGAGUUUGGGACAAAGUAAAGCCAAGCUGCACAUGCAAGAGAACUAAUAAACAAGCUUUCCGGUACUGCAGAAAGUCAUGUAAUCCAGAUUCAGGCAGUUGUAGUAAAGACAAGGAAUGCGUUUGUGAUGGGGACUGUGGUUACAGCUGUCUUCCGAAAGCCAUAGACUGUGGAAAACCAACAGAAAUAGACAAUGGCAGACGACAAUAUUCCUCCACCACGUUUGGGUCCACUGUCAGUUACCAAUGCGACAAACCUUACUCAUUGCUUGGGUCCAAGAAACGGACUUGUCGUGGAAUAAGGAGGUGGGACGGAACAGAACCAUCCUGCAAAAUCAUCUGCCAGGAUCCAGGAGGUGUUACCAAUGGAAAUAAGCAGAUAUUCCGUCGAAAUCUCGAUGAGGAUUAUGUAGCAGUAGGAGAUAGAGCGGAAUACAACUGUUUCCCAGGUUACAAGAUGGAGGGCUCAAGAUAUCUUACUUGCACUAAUUCGGGAGAAUGGAAUCGAGCCAAGCCAAAAUGCGUAUUACCAUCUUGUGGCCCUCCGGAACUUCCGAAAAAUUCUGAGCUACGAGGAUCUAAGAAAUCUUCAUACAAGUACUCGGAAAAAGUAUUCCUCAGGUGCAAGAGUGGGUACUUCUCCACAGGGAUAGGACUGCUGAGUUGUAGCUUGGAAGGAUGGACUGGCCCUUCUUUUACUUGCUCACCAAAAAGUUGUGGAAACCCUGGGAUCCCUGAAAACGGAAAGCUGAAGUCUUACAUCUUUACCUUCAAAAGCAGAGUCGAUUUUGAUUGUAAUCAUGGUUACAAACUGGUCGGAGACAAGUACCGGCAAUGCCAAGCGAACCAGAGGUGGACUGGGAGGUCGCCAACCUGUGAACAAAUUGACUGUGGAGUGCUACCAACCCCUGAUAAGGCUGAAAAAAUUCUCGAAACCCACACGAAAGUCGAUGGUGUCGUCAGGUUUAAGUGUAAGGAGACAGGUUACGAGAUCAGUGGCUCAGAGAUCCGGACUUGUGGCAAUAAUGGGUUGUGGAGUGGAUCUCCAACAUCUUGUAACAUCGUAAGUUGUGGUGAUCCAGGUACUCCUCUAAACGGUCAACAAGCUGACGUGAAAAAUGGUUACAACUAUGGUGGUUCAGUGAAAUUUACUUGUAAAGAUAACUACACGCUGUCAGGAAAAAGCGAGAUCGUUUGCGAAGAAACGAAAGAUUGGAGUUCGCCAACACCAAAAUGCUGGGCUCCAUGUCCUGAUCCCGGAGUGCCAGGCAAUGGAAACAGAAGCGGAGAUGACUUUAGACACGCUAAAUCGGUAACCUUUAGAUGCAACGAGGAUUAUGAACUUGAAGGAGACGCAACCAUCAGCUGUAACAAUGGAGACUGGACAAGCAAAACACCCACGUGCAAAGUUAUUUCAUGUAAAGAUCCAGGAAGUCCUUUACAUGGACGAAAAUCGAAAGUCAAAAAGAACUUUACUGUCGGAGGAUUCGUGCGAUUUAAGUGCAGUGAAAACUACACCAUGGUGGGAAGCGGCAAACUAACUUGUCUCAAAAGCAAGAAGUGGAAUAGAGAAAUACCGAAGUGCUUAGCAUCCUGCCCUGAUCCCGGUCAUCCAGAAAAUGGACAAACCAUUGGAAGACUUUUUAAUCAUAACUCAGCUGUCGAGUUUAAAUGUUUAGGAGACCGCUUGUUACAAGGUUCCUCUCAGGCAAAAUGCAACAAUGGGCAGUGGGACCAAGCAUUGCCAACAUGCCGAGAUUGUGGCUCAGGGCUUCCUCUUGGAAUGGAAAGUAGAAAGAUCGCAGACGCAUCCAUCAAAGCUUCCAGUCAUAGAGUUCAACAUCCAGCUCAUCAUGGCCGACUUGGUGGAUACAACUAUUGGUGCUCAGAGGAGGGAGAGGCUGAUUUUAUUCAGAUUGACUUACCAAAAAGAUAUAAGAUCACUGGAGCAAGAAUUCAACUCAAAACCGAAUACAAAAUCAAAACUAUAUGGUUGAAAGGCCAAAUUUUCAAAGAGUGGUUGAAUUUCCACUAUGAACGGCCGCCUUAUAAUGAAGAAGAGGAACAAAUAAAAGCAAAACAUCCAUUUAUUACUCAGUCUGUACGAAUCCGAGUGUUCAAAUAUAUAAAGGAAUCGAUUUGUCUAAGAGCUGAAGUCUAUGGCUGCAGAAUUCCCAGAGGUUGUAUCAUGCGAGGCUCUGCUGUUCUUGUCAAGGAAAACGAUGGAUAUCAGCAUAGAUUUGUAGGAGAAUACAUCGAUGUGGAGUAUAACCUUCUGGAAGUCGUUCAUCCCGGGAAAACAGCGAGCAUAAUAAUGAAUAGAGCACACGUGAUUCUAGUUGAGAAACCAAGCGUCCAUGAACUAGCUAUUGGAACCUCAGUCCUUGGAGAGGAUGCAACUUCACCAGGCCAAAUUAGAGAGGGCAAAAUAGAGCAAAUAUCAAAUUCAGUUUGUACCAUAAAAAGUAACCAUGAAACUUGGAAGAGUGAUUUAAACAAGAUUCGUAUCGUCAAAAUAUCAGAUUUCUGCUCAUGAUAAAUAUUUUGCACUAAUGUCACUGUGCCCAUGCUAACGGCAGGACUAAAUUGCAAAAUGUGGAGAUUUAUGAAGUCUGUUGUCACUGUGUAUAGACAUGUUAGCGAAAACACGAUAGCGACAACAUUAAAGAUAAAGGUAUCACAACCAAUAAUUAUAUCUAAAAUGUAGAAAACUUGAAUUGGCAAAUUUGUAUCUUAUCAAAGAUUGAUAAACAGCCACUGAACAAUGUUGAUUUCUGUUCUUGAUAAAUAUGUUGUAACAGAAUCACUGUGCCCAGGCUAACGAAAGGAAACUUGAUGACAAAAUGUAAGGAUUGGUAAACUCUUUUAUCACUAUGUAUGAACAUGUUAACGAAGAAACGAUAGCGACAACUUAAACAAAAAAUAAAAGGAGAGU